CUAUGCCGUUGCUAUUGUGAGCAUUCCUAGUUGCAGGUUUUCGAUCAAGUUCAAGUUAUUUCAUUUCAAUGAUCUUUGAAAAUUGACGUUAUUUUGCUUGUUUCAAAUUUGAUUCUCGUUAAUAAUGGCUGCUGUUAUGUCCCAAAGAAGGGAUGGUUCUGGAACAUACACGUUUUCAAGUCGACCAAGGGCAGUUCAGAAUCGAAAAAAAUACCGAAAUGCCAGCGCGUUAGAGGAUGAAAAUGAGAGCCCAGCUCCAUAUGGCAAUAUUAUGUACGACAGACGAAUAGUCAGAGGAAAUACUUAUGCACAAAAUGUCCUUCCUGCUACUGCUCAACCUGAUCCAAUUGAAAUUCAAAAGCAGCAAGAAGGGAAGCGGAGAGCAAUUGCUAGAAAAAGAGCUAAGGAGCAGUUAAAGCCAAGAACACCUGAGCCAGUUGAGGGCAGGAAGCACAUCGAUGUUCAGACCGAGUUAUACUUAGAAGAAUUAACUGACCGAGUGGAAGAAUCUGAUGUACACACACAAACUGAUGCUUUUCUUGAUCGGCCUCCAUCACCUUUAUUCAUCCCAGCUAAAACUGGUGUUGAUGUUUCUACGCAAAUUUUAGAGGGGGAACUUUUUGAUUUCGAUAUUGAAGUCAAACCAAUCUUAGAAGUUCUUGUUGGAAAAACCGUAGAACAAGCUCUACUUGAAGUUAUGGAGGAAGAAGAAUUAGCUAAUCUUAGAGCACAGCAGCGUAGGUUUGAAGAACUGCGUAAUGCAGAGCUUGUUGAAACACAGAGGCUUGAAGAACAGGAAAGGAGACAUCGUGAAGAAAAGCAAAGGAGGAUGAGACAACAGUUAGAAGUAUUGAAAAAGGAAAAAGAGACUUCUGAAAAGAUUGCUGCAAGAGCAUUUGCACAGAGCUAUCUGUCUGAUCUAAUACCUUCUGUGUUUGGAACAUUAAAUGACAAUGGAUACUUCUAUGAUCCUGUUGACAGAGAUGUUGAAACAUAUUUCAUGCCUUGGUUGAUGGACAGUGUUGAAACACAGCUUGAAAAAGCAACUCUGGCUCGAAAGAUUGCAGACAGUAUUAUUCGCAAUGUGGUUAUAAACAGACAUGAUAAUUACACAAAAUUGGACGAAGAAGUCGAGAAGAGAAUCCGCGCGGCAAUAGAAGCAGCGCGCGCUGCUGCUGCAGAGAAGGAGCGGGAGGACACUGAUGCGACGCAGCAAGAAAGCGAAAAUACUUCGGAAGAAGCUAAAGAUGAUGCCGCUGCACAAGACGAGAAUAAAGAAGAAGAGAAAAAUGAAAAAGAAGAUGAAGAAAAUGCCGGAGAAGAUGAAGGAGAUGAUGGCAAAGGGAACGGAGACGCGGAGGAUGAUGACGAGGGCGGAGAUGAUGAAGGUGGAAACGAGGACGCGGAAAAAGAUGAUGAGGAGGAUUAACAUUUCGAAACAAUAAUUUGUUUCGUUGUAAAAAAUAUAUUAAUAUUGUUUAGGAAUUAAUAAAAAGCUGACGAGCCAUGGUGGCUUGUUCGAAGUUAUAAAAUAUUUGUGAAAUUUCGUUGUAUACUUAUACCGUCUUUUGUAAAUAUACGCAUGGUGUUAAUUUGCCUAAUAACUUUUUUGGUAGAUAUUGAAACAUCACUUUCAAAAAUGAUAAUCUUCCAUUCGA